GCCCUCCCAUCCCCGGUGGCCACCGUCUUCACACCUGCGGUCCGUCUAAGGACACCGACCUCCCAGACCCCGGCGGAGAAGAGAUAGUCGACAUCCGUCGUACGCAUCACAGCCCCACGAGCCUGUCCUGUUCCUGGAGACUGCUGCGCGGGAGCCCGUCUCUGACAGACUCUUGGUUAUUGAUGGACUUUGGUUGUCCAGGGAGAAACAGAAGAUGCGAUAAGAUACGCCCCCAUCGAUAAAUCGGUUCAUGUAGAGUUUGUCCGCGCAGCCACUUAUCGCAGUCACUGAGCUGACUCUCGGAGUCAUAGCGCGAUUCUCCCGUGGGCUACGACCAUCUGAGCCGCCGCAACAAGCAUGAUGACGGUGGACGCCUGACACUUUUCCGUUUAGCUUCCUUGCUCCAUGCACUCUUUACCCCCGCGAUCCCUCGGGGCGGCCGUGCGUGUGCGUGUGCGUGCGAGAGAGUGAAGGGGGAAGAGAGAGAGAGAGACUGAGAGCCGCGUUUACGUUCGGUUACCUGCCCGACCGUAAUUCUGGGAGGACCGGGGAAGCACGCGCGCUCUCCCUCGGCUGAGCAACAAGACAAUAAACGCUUUUAAACACAUGGACCUGAGGAGUUGGUCGGAGGAGUAAAAGACACCAACACACACCCACACACACAUACAUACAUACACACACACCUUACCACUCACACUGACACAUCCUCAUACACACUGAAACAUUAACACUCACACACAGAGACCCAAGCUGAAGUGACAGUGAAAUUAAACAGCCAUGUAUUUGAACCGUGAGGAAGAGAGCGCUAAAGGCUCGGUGUCUCUCUUGGUGUUCCUGGUGUCACUGGCGGUGACGGUGUGUGCCGUGUGGUUGGUGGCUCUCUGUGGAGUCUGUGGAUGGUGUCAGCGCAAACUGGGGAAGAGGAAUAAGCCAGGCGUGGAGACGGCAGGGACUCCAGACUCUCUUCGUGGUGGCCGUGGGGAGAAGAAAGCCAUCAAGAACAUGGGGAAUAAGCCAGCAAACAGCCCUAAGGGGACAAACGACGUGGAUGGCCACUCCUCGGUCUCCGACCUCCUAAACUCACUCACCGGAGACAUGGUGAUGCUGUCUCCGGGGUCGGAGGAAGAUGACCACGAGGGCCCGGUGAAUGAGAAGUUGGGUCGGAUCCAGUUCAGUGUGGGCUACAGUUUCCAGGACUCCACGCUGACCGUCAAGAUCCUGAAGGGCCAGGACCUGCCGGCCAAAGACUUCUCCGGAACCUCCGACCCCUUCGUCAAAAUCUACCUGCUGCCCGACAAGAAGAACAAGCUAGAGACCAAGGUGAAGCACAAGAACCUCAACCCCCACUGGAACGAGACCUUUCUGUUCGAGGGUUUCCCCUAUGAGAAGGUCCGGGAGCGGACUCUGUACCUGCAGGUGCUGGACUAUGACCGGUUCAGUCGAAACGACCCGAUCGGAGAGGUGUCCAUCCCACUCAACAAGGUGGAUCUGGGCCACCAGCAGACCAUCUGGAAGGAGCUGAAGCCAUGUAGCGAUGGCAGCGCUGGACGUGGAGAUCUGUUACUCUCCCUCUGUUACAACCCAACUGCCAACACCAUCACCGUCAACAUCAUCAAAGCUCGCAACCUAAAAGCCAUGGACAUUGGAGGAACCUCAGACCCGUAUGUGAAGCUGUGGCUGAUGCACAAGGACAAGCGUGUGGAGAAGAAGAAGACGGUGACCAUCAAGCGCUGCCUGAACCCCGUCUUCAACGAGUCCUUUCCCUUUGAGGUGGCCGCACACAUGCUCCGAGAGACCACCAUCAUCAUCACCGUCAUGGACAAGGACAAGUUCAGCCGCAACGACGUCAUCGGGAAGAUCUACCUGUCGUGGAAGAGUGGUCCGGCGGAGGUCAAGCACUGGAAGGACAUGAUGAGCCGGCCGCGCACCAACGUGGCCCAAUGGCACGCCCUCAAGGCCUGAACACGCCCCUCGCCUCACCUUUGACCCCUCCACCCUGCCCCAGACCCUGCCCCGUGACCUUUGACCCCGCACCCCAUGGCCCCAUCCUUAUGCACAACACUGAGGUGCGCUGCCAGGCUACCAGAACGCCAGGCUGUGGGACACGGGUACUAAGAGCCAUCUGCCCUGCCAACUUUAGCCCCCAGAGAUUACACAUCUCUCUCUCUCUUUCUCUCUCUCUCUUCUCUCUCUCUUUUCUCUUUGUCAUGUCCUGUUGCCCAGGUGUUUCUGUUUGAGAGCCUUGAGGUUUUUGUCUACACACACACACACGCACACACACACACUCACAUACAGAGCUGAACACACACAUUUCUUAUCAUAUAUAUAUAUAUAUAUAUAUAAAAUUCAUGUAUGAUAAAGUUUAUAUAUACAUGAAUUUUGGGCCACUGAUUGUCUGUCUAAAUUCAGUCAGGAAUCUCUUUAUCUCUCUAUCUCUCUCUCUCUCUCUCACACACACACACACACUCACACACACACACACACACACAAACACACACACACACACACACACACACACACACACACACACAGGUGAUUUCUGUGCUUUGAACCCAAGGCUCUCUCAGUCAUCCUACUAGCCUUCCUGAGCAACAUCAGGACCAUGGAGAGCUCCUUCAUACUCUCCUUUUCUCUCUCUCUCUCUCUCUCUCUCUCUCUCUCUCUCUCUCUCUCUCUCUCUCUCUCUCUAGUUCUUUCCCUCUCACUCUCUCUGGCACAAUAGUAGAUGUAGUUACUGCGGCUCCGCCCCCGGCCCCUUCUCGUUGUGUGUGUGUGCGUGUGUGUGUGUGUGUUGUCGUCAGUGCCGUGUUGUAGCUCCAAACAAAUAAAUAAAUAAAUAAAUACAUAAAUAGAUUUUUUGAACUGAACUAAUGGAGGGACACAUAGAGGAAGGAAAGAGAGGAGUCCCUCCCUCCUUCCAUCUCUCCUCCUCUCUCUAUCCCUCGCUUCGGACACAGCAUCACCAGGAGGAAGAGAAAAGGGCAGAAGGAGGGAACACAGGAUGGAGAGAGAAAAAAAGACAAAAAAAAGAAAUAAUGUCAUUUUUUUGCGGAUGAAAAGAGAGACGGCCAAAGGAAUCUAUCAAGAAGUUCUUCCAAACAUGCCAUGAAAAAAGAAGCAAAAAGUGAGUUUGUUGAGGUGUGUGUGUUUGUGUGUGUGUGUUUGUGUGUGUGUGU